GUGGAGGGGGCGGGUCUAAAUCCACGGCCAAGCAGCUGGGGCAGGGCGAGGAGGGAGCGGCGACGGGAAGAGAACGGAUCGGUCCCAGUGGUGGGCAAGGGACGCCGGGGGUCUGCAAGUGUCAGCUGCCAAGAUGGCGCAGUGGAACCAAUUGCAGCAGUUGGACACCCGGUAUUUGGAGCAACUUCACCAACUCUACAGUGACAGCUUUCCGAUGGAGCUGCGGCAGUUCCUUGCACCCUGGAUAGAGAGCCAAGACUGGGCUUAUGCAGCCAGCAAGGAGUCCCACGCCACCUUGGUUUUCCACAACCUCCUGGGUGAAAUUGAUCAACAGUACAGCCGCUUCCUUCAGGAAUCCAACGUUCUCUACCAGCACAACCUGCGCCGGAUCAAGCAAUUCUUACAGAGCAGGUACCUGGAGAAACCAAUGGAGAUAGCCCGGAUUGUGGCCCGUUGCCUCUGGGAGGAGAAUCGGCUGCUGCAGACAGCAGCAACAGCGGCACAGCAAGGUGGGCAGGCAAACCACCCUACAGCUUCGGUCGUGACAGAGAAACAGCAGAUGCUGGAGCAACACUUGCAAGAUGUGCGAAAGAGGGUGCAGGACCUGGAGCAAAAGAUGAAAGUGGUGGAAAACCUCCAGGAUGACUUUGACUUCAACUAUAAGACUCUGAAGAGUCAAGGCGAUAUGCAGGAUCUGAAUGGGAACAACCAGGCAGUGACACGACAGAAGAUGCAACAGCUGGAGCAAAUGCUGUCAGCCCUGGAUCAAAUGCGGAGGGGAAUUGUGAGUGAGCUGGCUGGGCUCCUGUCGGCUAUGGAGUAUGUGCAGAAGAUGCUGGUAGAUGAGGAGCUAGCUGACUGGAAGAGGAGGCAGCAGAUCGCAUGUAUUGGCGGCCCACCCAACAUCUGUCUUGAUCGCCUAGAGAACUGGAUAACAUCCCUAGCUGAGUCACAGCUUCAGACACGUCAGCAGAUCAAGAAGCUUGAGGAGCUCCAGCAAAAGGUCUCCUACAAGGGUGACCCUAUUGUUCAGCACCGGCCCUUGUUGGAGGAGCGCAUUGUGGAUCUAUUCAGGAACCUCAUGAAGAGUGCAUUUGUGGUGGAACGGCAGCCCUGUAUGCCAAUGCACCCAGAUCGCCCAUUGGUGAUCAAAACUGGAGUACAAUUCACAACAAAAGUGCGGUUAUUGGUUAAAUUUCCAGAGCUGAACUACCAGCUGAAAAUCAAAGUCUGCAUUGAUAAGGAUUCUGGAGAGGUAGCUGCCCUUCGGGGGUCCCGCAAGUUUAAUAUCCUGGGCACAAACACCAAGGUGAUGAACAUGGAGGAGUCCAACAAUGGUAGCCUCUCUGCAGAAUUCAAGCAUUUGACAUUGCGGGAACAGAGAUGUGGUAAUGGCGGUAGAGCAAACUGUGACGCCUCUCUCAUCGUCACAGAAGAGCUCCAUCUCAUUACCUUUGAAACAGAGGUUUACCACCAAGGUUUGAAGAUUGACCUAGAGACUCACUCACUCCCUGUAGUGGUGAUCUCCAACAUUUGCCAGAUGCCAAAUGCCUGGGCAUCUAUCUUGUGGUACAACAUGCUGACAAACAACCCUAAGAACGUGAACUUCUUCACCAAGCCACCCAUUGGCACUUGGGACCAGGUUGCCGAAGUGCUGAGCUGGCAGUUCUCCUCAACCACUAAACGAGGACUCAGCAUUGAGCAGCUGACGACACUUGCUGAGAAAUUGCUUGGGCCUGGUGUCAAUUACUCUGGAUGUCAGAUAACCUGGGCAAAGUUCUGCAAGGAGAACAUGGCAGGCAAAGGGUUCUCUUUCUGGGUUUGGCUGGACAAUAUCAUUGACCUGGUGAAGAAGUACAUCUUGGCACUCUGGAAUGAAGGGUAUAUCAUGGGAUUCAUCAGCAAGGAGCGGGAAAGAGCAAUCCUGAGCACAAAGCCUCCAGGCACUUUCCUGCUACGCUUCAGUGAAAGCAGCAAGGAAGGUGGGAUCACCUUCACAUGGGUGGAGAAGGACAUCAGUGGGAAGACCCAGAUCCAAUCAGUGGAGCCAUACACUAAACAGCAGCUCAAUAGCAUGUCCUUUGCUGAGAUUAUUAUGGGCUACAAGAUCAUGGAUGCCACCAAUAUCCUGGUCUCCCCACUUGUCUACUUGUAUCCUGAUAUUCCCAAAGAGGAGGCCUUUGGAAAAUACUGCCGUCCUGAGAGCCAGGAGCACCCAGAAGUUACUGACCCAGGUAGUGCUGCUCCCUAUCUGAAGACGAAGUUCAUCUGCGUGACCCCAACGACUUGCAGUAGCACCAUUGAGCUGCCCAUGUCUCCCCGCACACUCGAGUCCCUGAUCCAAUUUGGCAAUAAUGUUGAGGGAGCCGAGGGAAAUGCCAGCGGCCAGUUUGAGUCCUUGCAAGUCUUUGACAUGGAGAUGACCGCUGAUUGUGCCAACUCACCCAUGUGACCGGCCCUUCCCAGGGACCUAACCCAUCCUGGCAGGAAACGUGUCCUCCUCUCACAUGAUCGUGGAGCCCACCUGGGCAGGUGCUGCCUCAGCAGGAGAUGGCUGGCUGCGGGUCCUUCUUUACCAGCUACGUCGAGUGCACCAUCUCUGGCAGCUCCUUGCCGGAGCCUGCACAGCCGGAGGAAAAGCUCUACUUAAAGUUAGCUUUUAUUUUGUCAAAAAUACGUUUUCCUAGUGUAUAAAGUUUAUUCGUUUAAGGAACAUCUUUUUUUUUUUUUGGUUUUGUUUGUUAGAUCAAGUGCCUCUUCAUGUCCACGUCUUGACAGUAUUUCUCAGCUUCACAUGCGCGUUUGCUGCAUGCCAUAAAGUGCUGCUUCUCCAGCUAGGACUAACAUGCGAGUGCUUACCCAGUAACAAAGUGACUGAUCGUUCUGAACGGGCGGGCAGGCAGGGCUCUGUGCAACUAGCCAUGGGCAGCAUGGGGAGGAGGGAGACUACGCUUGCCUUCCAAAUGGCUGCAUUUUUGUUGCUUUUCAAAAGCAAAGAUCCACUUUCUCAGCCCCAGCUCUGCUUUUUCGAACUUCCUAAAUGGCAUGAGGAGGAACUGAAACGUAGUGCAAGGGCCCUGCCUGGUGGAGAAAUGAGCACCUUGAACUUUGAUGCUGGCUGACCCCUGGGACUUUGAAAUUGAUCUCUCCACCCAGAGUAGUCCCAAAUUUACAGAGGAGUGAUGGAAUGAGAUUACUGGGGCUGGAAGGCAAAUCGGGCAGAUGUGGGAUUAGCAGCCAGAUCAUCCAGUUGUAAAAGCCCCAUUCUCUCUUCUUUCAUGCAGGCCCCAGAUCCAUUCCCCACAGUUAUGGCCUUGGGCCACAGCUGAGCAACAAAGCUGAGUGAAGAGCUUAAUGGUUGGGCUCCCUACUUCAGAUCUGUUGCCAGUAUUUAACUGCAGUUACCUUUUUUAUUGUUGUUGUUGUUGUUAUUUAUUGUACUUUUUGUUGCCCUUCCUUGAAGGAGGCAAGGGCAGUAUACACAGUAUUUUGCCCCUCCUCCAUUCCCCAUUUCAUUUCCUCAAAAAAAUUCUGAGGUCAGUUUGACUAAAACAGAGAGCAUGUUCUAAGUUCAUGGCUGAGUGUGGAUUUGGACCAAGAUCUCUCUGAGAGAAGCCCACCAUCCUAGCCACUAUAUCUCACUUUAACUGUACUUUAGGAGCAAAAGGCAGAUAUUUCACAUGGGAAAAAAGCUGGAUGCUGGUAGCUGCUGGGAGUUGUAGUCCAAUUCAGUGGGGGAGGGGAGCACCAGGUUAGAAAGGAUGCCCAUCUUUUCCAGGCAAAAUAUUUUUCUGAUCUUGGCUCCACCAACUUUUUCUCUGCUCAAUUGUUUCAUCAGCAUCUAUGGUUCUCUUGGUGUGCCUUCCCUCACCCUGCCCAGAUUUGUGGCUUCUGUGAUUUAGUUCACACUGCCUGGUGCCACUGAGCAGCUAUUGCUGAUAGCACUCUGGUGUUAGUCUCGUAAAACCAAGGUGCGGAUCAUCCCUGUAUAAGUGUCAAACACAGAGCUUGGGGGAAUGGCCCAGAGGCAGUGAGCAGGGCCAAUAAAAUGAAUCAUUGGCUCCCAGUCCAGAAGGAUUUUCCAGCAAUGUUAGCCACACAGGAGACAGAGGAAUUCAUAACCAAACUUGGUAAAGCUGUGUAUGUUCUUUCCCUCCUGCACCAGGGGUAGGGGACCUGUAGUGGAGUCUGAUUCCCAUCAGGCCCAGUUAGCACGGCCAGCAUUCAGGCAAGUUGUCUAAGUGUUCCCCAUCUCUGCCAGAAAACAUUGCUUGUGGUUACUGAAAGAAUUGCUCCCUCCACUAAUGGCAAACUAGAAGUGCCCCAACUUGUACGUGGCUGUUCCAGUUCCGUUUAACCAAAUAGCUUAUUUACACCAAAUUCUUUGUAUCAAGCGGCUUUCCUCCCCGCUCCCCCACACUACCCAUCAUUUCCUUAUUUGUUGUAGCUAAUUGCUCUGUAAAGAGCAUAACUAUUUUUUGUAUAUUUUACUGCUGUACCUACAGGCUUCAGCUUUCUCUUAAAUAAAUUCUAAUGCCAUA